AUGGACAAGCUGAGCGUGCACCACGGGCAGCACAACGGGGUCUCCAAGCCGCCGGUGCGCCACCACAAUGGCAAGAGCAACGGGAAGAGGAAAGGGGGACGAGGAGGCGGCGGGACGGGGAUCAAGGUAGUGUACAUCUCCAGCCCCAUGAAACUCACCGCCAGCGCCGAGGAGUUCCGUGCCGUCGUCCAGGAACUCACUGGCCGCUACUCCAACGUUGCCGACCACGACGCCCCGGGCGUCCCGUCCUACUACUCGUCGUCGUCCUCCUCCGACUACUCCUUGGGACGCACCUCUCCAGUCGCGGCAGGGGGCAGUACGGCCGCUGCGGGCGCACGCACUUUGCCGACAGCGAUGGCGCCGGAGUACAUGGCCACCGCCGGCGCCAUGCUUCUGCCGUUCCAGAGCAUGUAUGAUCAAACGGGAGGCGCCGACCUGCUUUACGGCCAUGACUACUACUGGUAG